GAGGAUCUUCCAGUAAAACGCUGUUCCUGGUAAACUUAGCUAUCCUUGGCCUUAUCUGCUGCGUUAUUUCUUUAUUUGUAUAUUUAGAGGCUCAAUCUCCCGCGUGUCCGACUAUGUCCACAGUAGCUGAUGAAAAAACGUAUGAAGCCACGGGGGCAACUGAAAAGCCCAUCGUUCUGCUGUGGUUCUGGCCUUUUGAUGUGAAGUUUCAUUUCCAAAUCUGCUCAAGCCACUUCAACAUUGAUGACUGCAUUCUGACUGAUAACAGGUCAUUUUACAGCCAAGCAGAGGGAGUCAUCUUCCACCAUAAAGACAUAAUCUUGCAUUUGGAAAACAUGCCCAAGGAGCCACGUCCACAUUUUCAGAAGUGGAUUUGGUUUGAUCAGUUGAAACCUGAAGACUAUUCCCCAACCCUUGCGAGUUGUAAGUUCUAUCUCUCAUUUGAGAACUCGCUCCAUGUGGACUACAUGACGGAGAAGGUCAACGGGCCCCUCGUAGCAGGGACCGUCCCUGUAGUUCUGGGUCCACCAAGGGAAAACUACGAGCAGUUCCUUCCCAAUGGUUCCUUCAUUCACGUAAAUGAUUUCCCUGACGCCAAAGGUAUGGCAGAGUAUCUGCAGCGCCUGGACAAGGAC